AUGGCAUCUAAGCAGCCUGCCAAGGACUUCCUGUCCUUUGUUAAUGCCUCCCCUACUCCCUUCCAUGCCGUUCAGUCUGCCAAGGACCUUCUGGCCAACGCCGGCUUCCAGGAAAUCAAGGAGAAAGAUUCCUGGGCGAAGACUUGCAAGCCCGGUGGCAAGUAUUUCUUGACCCGCAACACCACAACUCUGGUCGCUUUCGCCAUUGGAAAGCAAUGGCAGCCCGGCAACUCCAUCUCCAUGAUCGGUGCCCACACCGAUUCCCCCGUCUUGCGGGUCAAGCCUGUGAGCAAGAAGAGUGGCGAUGGCUUCCUUCAGGUCGGUGUUGAGACCUAUGGAGGUGGCCUCUGGCACACCUGGUUCGACCGCGACCUCGGCGUGGCGGGUCGCGUGAUGACCCGUGCUAGCGAUGGAUCGAUCGUGCAGAAGCUGGUCAAGGUCGACCGUCCCAUUCUUCGCAUUCCCACACUAGCCAUCCACCUGGAUCGCCAGGAAACCUUUGCCUUCAACAAGGAGACCCAGUUAUUCCCGAUUGCCGGCCUGGUGGCUGCCGAGCUCAACCGCACUGGUGAAUCCAAGACAUGCGAUGCCGAGAAGGUGGAUGACUUCUCUCCUCUCAAGGCCGUGACCGAGCGUCAUCACUCCCACUUUGUAGAGCUUGUUGCGGCCGAGGCUGACGUCAAGCCGGAGGACAUUCUGGACUUCGAACUGAUUCUUUUCGACACCCAGAAGUCUUGCCUUGGUGGUAUGCUCGAGGAGUUUAUCUUUUCUCCCCGCCUGGACAAUCUGAACAGCUCUUACUGUGCUACCGUUAGUCUGAUCGAUUCUGUCGCCGACAAGUCCUCGCUGGAUAACGAGUCCGCCAUCCGUCUCAUUGCCCUCUUCGACCACGAGGAGAUUGGCAGCCGCACCGCCCAGGGUGCGGACUCCAAUGCUCUGCCCGCCAUCAUCCGCCGCCUGUCGGUGCUUCCGUCGUCUGCUUCCUCGGAUAUCGACCUGGCUACUGCCUAUGAGCAGACCCUCUCCACCUCCUUCCUGGUCUCGGCCGACAUGGCACACUCCGUCAACCCCAACUACUCUGCCAAGUACGAGCAGGAUCACAAGCCCGAGAUGAACAAGGGCCCCGUGAUCAAGAUCAACGCCAACGCUCGCUACGCCACCAACUCUCCCGGUAUCGUCCUGCUCCAGGAGAUUGCACGCAAGGCUUCAGCUGAGAGCGGCGAGCCCAUUCCCCUGCAGCUGUUCGUUGUUCGCAAUGAUUCCAGCUGCGGUAGCACUAUCGGGCCCAUGCUGUCCGCUGCCCUAGGUGCCCGCACCCUGGAUCUGGGUAACCCGCAGCUGAGCAUGCACAGUAUCCGUGAGACUGGCGGUACCUAUGAUGUUGCAUAUGCGAUCCGCCUGUUCACUGGUUUCUUCCAGCACUACUCGGAGCUGUCGAAGACUAUCUUUGUGGACUAA